GUUCUGAAUGAUGACUGACGCUGGUUUGAAUGAUACUCCUCACAGUCCCUGUCAUUUCGGAGUGAUAAGGAACCCACACGUCUAGCCCCAACACCAGGGCAGAAAAAAAAAAAAAAAAAGCAUCAGCUCUGGAGGGAGGAAAGCUUCCGCUUGUGGACUGGACAAAAGUACCGCCUUCGCACGGCUUUCUGCCCGAGGCUCGUGAUCUAAACACCUCGCCUUGUCCUGCUCUCUGCUCUAGCAGACAGAUGGUGUGUGGGAGCCGCAGGACGCCCGCCGCGCCCCUGCCAUGAAGUAGCGGCUGCUGUCGGUGCCGCUGCCCGACUGCCGGCCCCAGCCCCGCGCUGCACUGCCCGCCCGCUCCUCUCCGGCGGGGCUGGAGCGGCGUGGACAUGGCUGGCUACGCUCUUAGCCUGCUAGUUCUCCUCCUUGUUUUUCAAAGCAGCUGUUUGGGUUACAGAAGCCCACUUUCUGUCUUUAAGAGGUUUAAGGAGACUACCAGAUCGUUUCCCAGUGAAUGCCUUGGUACCUCCAGGCCAGUAAUUCCAAUCGAUUCAUCAGAUUUUGCACUGGAUAUUCGCAUGCCUGGGGUUACACCUAAACAGUCUGAUACUUACUUCUGCAUGUCAUUACGUUUGCCGACAGAUGAGGAAGCUUUCGUGAUUGACUUCAAACCUCGUGCCAGCAUGGAUACUGUCCAUCAUAUGUUACUUUUUGGAUGCAAUAUGCCUGCGUCCACUGGAAGUUACUGGUUUUGUGAUGAAGGAACCUGUACAGAUAAAGCCAAUAUUCUAUAUGCCUGGGCAAGAAAUGCUCCCCCCACCAGGCUCCCUAAAGGUGUUGGUUUCAGAGUUGGAGGAGAUACUGGAAGUAAAUAUUUUGUACUGCAGGUGCACUAUGGAGAUAUUAGUGCUUUUGGAGAUAAUCACAAGGAUUGUUCUGGCGUGUCCUUACAUCUCACACGUUUGCCACAGCCUUUAAUUGCUGGCAUGUAUCUUAUGAUGUCUGUUGACACUGUUAUACCACCAGGAGAGAAAGUGGUGAAUUCUGACAUUUCAUGCCAUUAUAAAAACUAUCCAAUGCAUGUCUUUGCCUAUAGAGUUCACACUCACCAUUUAGGGAAGGUAGUAAGUGGAUACAGAGUAAGAAAUGGACAGUGGACACUAAUUGGACGUCAGAGCCCCCAGCUGCCACAGGCUUUCUACCCUGUGGAACACCCAGUAGAUGUUAGUUUUGGUGACAUAUUGGCAGCUAGAUGUGUAUUCACAGGAGAGGGAAGGACAGAAGCCACUCACAUUGGUGGCACAUCUAGUGAUGAAAUGUGCAACUUAUACAUUAUGUAUUACAUGGAAGCCAAGCAUGCAGUUUCAUUCAUGACCUGUACACAGAAUGUAGCCCCAGACAUGUUCAGAACCAUACCAGCAGAGGCCAAUAUUCCAAUUCCUGUGAAGUCUGAUAUGGUUAUGAUGCAUGGCCAUCACAAAGAAACGGAAAACAAAGAUAAGCCUUCUUUACUGCAGCAACCAAAACGGGAAGAGGAAGAAGUGUUAGACCAGGGUGAUUUCUAUUCACUACUUUCCAAGCUGCUAGGAGAAAGGGAAGAUGUUGUUCAUGUGCAUAAAUAUAAUCCUACAGAAAAGGCAGAGUCAGAGUCAGACCUGGUAGCCGAGAUUGCAAAUGUAGUCCAAAAGAAGGACCUUGGUCGGUCUGAUGCCAGAGAGGGUGCAGAACGUGAGGAGAGGGGUAAUGCUAUUCUUAUCAGAGACAGAAUCCACAAAUUCCACAGACUAGAAUCUACUUUGAGUCCAGCAGAGAACAGAGUUUGCUCAUUACAGCAACACCUACGUGGUGAAGGCACCCGGGAACCUGAACACAUAGGAGAUUUCCACAUAGAAGAGGCACUUGAUUGGCCUGGAGUAUACUUGCUACCAGGCCAAGUUUCUGGUGUGGCUCUGGACUCAAAGAACAACCUGGUGAUUUUCCACAGAGGUGACCAUGUUUGGGAUGGAAACUCUUUUGACAGCAAGUUUGUUUACCAGCAAAGAGGGCUUGGACCAAUUGAAGAAGACACUAUUCUUGUCAUUGAUCCAAAUAAUGCUGCAGUACUCCAAUCCAGUGGCAAAAAUCUAUUUUAUUUACCACAUGGCUUGAGUGUAGAUAAAGAUGGAAAUUAUUGGGUCACAGAUGUGGCUCUUCAUCAGGUAUUCAAACUGGAUCCAAACAGUAAAGAAGGCCCUCUGUUAAUCCUGGGAAGAAGCAUGCAACCAGGCAGUGACCAGAAUCAUUUCUGUCAACCCACUGAUGUCGCUGUGGAUCCAGAGACUGGAACCAUUUUUGUAUCAGAUGGUUACUGUAACAGUCGAAUUGUGCAGUUUUCAUCAACUGGAAAGUUCAUCACACAGUGGGGAGAAGAGUCUUCAGGGAGCAAUCCUAAGCCAGGCCAGUUCAGUGUUCCUCACAGCUUGGCCCUUGUACCUCAUUUGGGCCAGUUAUGUGUGGCAGACAGGGAAAAUGGUCGGAUCCAGUGUUUUAAAACUGACACCAAAGAAUUUGUAAGAGAAAUCAAGCAUGCGUCAUUUGGAAGAAAUGUAUUUGCAAUUUCAUAUAUACCAGGUUUGCUCUUCGCGGUGAAUGGGAAGCCUUAUUUUGGGGAUCAAGAGCCUGUUCAAGGAUUUGUGAUGAACUUUUCCAAUGGGGAAAUAAUAGGCGUCUUCAAGCCAGUACGCAAGCAUUUUGACAUGCCUCAUGAUAUUGUUGCAUCUGAAGAUGGGACGGUGUAUGUUGGAGACGCUCACACCAAUACUGUGUGGAAGUUCACCUCAACUGAAAAAAUGGAACAUCGAUCAGUUAAAAAGGCUGGCAUCGAGGUCCAGGAAAUCAAAGAAGCCGAGGCAGUUGUUGAAACCAAAAUGGAGAACAAAGCCACCUCCUCAGAAUUGCAGAAGAUGCAGGAGAAACAGAAACUGAUCACAGAACCAGGAUCGGGAGUGUCCGUUGUUCUCAUUACAACCCUUCUGGUUAUUCCGGUGGUUGUCCUGCUGGCCAUUGCCAUAUUUAUUCGGUGGAAAAAGUCAAGGGCCUUUGGAGCAGAUUCUGAACACAAACUCGAGGCAAGCUCAGGAAGAGUACUGGGAAGACUUAGAGGAAAAGGAACUGGAGGCUUAAACCUUGGCAACUUCUUCGCAAGCCGUAAGGGCUAUAGUCGAAAAGGGUUUGACCGCCUUAGUACCGAGGGGAGUGACCAAGAGAAGGAUGAAGAUGAUGGAAGUGAAUCGGAAGAGGAGUAUUCUGCACCACUGCCCGCACAGGCACCUUCCUCCUCCUGAAAACCAGGCUUUGAUUUAGGUUGAGUGAGAUUUUACCAAGAAUGCCAGAUUCCUUCCCUUAGCACGUUUAAAGUUUUUGUGUAUUUAAUUGUAAACUGUACUAAUCUAUGUGGGACUGUGCACAUUUUAUUUCCUUCCUUUUGGUUUGGUUGCCUUCUGUUUCUAGUUUAGGAGUCUCCUGAAAGUUCACAAUAGUGCCAUUGUCUUUUUACAAACAUAGGGUAGAGAAACAGUCCUCUUCCAUCACAGUACUAACUUCAAUGAUGGAACGUUUGCUCAUUGACAUUUUUGAGACUUUUCUGUGGAUGUAAAUAACCCCGCUCUCUGCUUGAACACAGUAUUUCUUUAAUAGCACUUCCAUUGCCAAUGUCUUUCUUUGGUGCCUUUCCUGAUCAGCAUUCUCAGCCUGUGGCAGUAAAGAGAACCUUUGUGCUACAUGAUGAUGAAGCUGCUAAAUCUCCUUCUAUUUUUUUAAAAUCACGAACAUUAUAUUGCAAUGAGAAAAAGAAAAAAAAGUCUCUAUUUAAAUUCUUUUUUUCAGUUUUCUUCAGUUGAUGUAUUUCUGGGAUGUCUUAUUUUUAGAUGGUUACACUGUUAGAACAAUAUUUUCAAAAUCUGAAUGUAAUUUGUGUAAUAAAGUGUUUUCAGAGCAUUAGCUGUCAAGAGUGUAUUUUGCAGUUUUUGCAUAUUUGCAGGCUUUUGUAUACAACUUUUGUAAUAAUUACACAAACCACAGAUAGAGUAAAACUUUCUCAAUGUCUUCAACCAGAAGAAAUGUGUUGUAUUAUUUAAGAUAUAGACAAUAUUUUGUUAUGCAGCCAAUAUAAAUUGAGAACCAAACUAAGAAUUUACAUACAUGUGUAAAACCAGGCCUUCUUUUAACAUUUAAGGGGUUUUUUUUGCCUGUAUAUCAAUCAGAAGGUAAAUUCUUUAAUAAAAGGUGAACAUAGCGAAGAGGAAACCUGUGUCUCAAAUUACAUAUGUAAAUGAAUCCAUGAGUGUAGGUUACUAUUCAUAGUUUUCUUUUCCAAGAAAAAUUUUA